GGGAAGGGCCGCGCCGCGGGGACGGGCGCGCACGGCCGCGGGGACGCGCGGGCAGCGCCGGCACGGGCUGCGCGGAGCUCCUUCUCCUCUCCUUUGUGCCGGUGAUUUCCGUACCUGCAGGAGCCAUGGCACCCAAAGGAAAGGUCUACAGGGGGUCAGUGAAGGAUUUCCCAGGCUUUGAUGCCAGCCAGGAUGCAGAGGCCUUGUACAAUGCCAUGAAGGGAUUUGGCAGUGACAAGGAGGCCAUCCUGGACCUCAUCACAUCCAGAAGCAACAAGCAGCGAGUGGAGAUCUGCCAAGCCUACAAGUCUCUCUAUGGGAAGGACCUCAUCGCAGACCUCAAGUAUGAGCUGACGGGGAAGUUCGAGCGAUUGAUUGUGAGCCUGAUGCGGCCUCCUGCCUACAGUGAUGCCAAGGAGAUCAAAGAUGCCAUUGCGGGUAUUGGCACCGACGAGAAGUGUCUGAUUGAGAUUCUUGCCUCCCGCACCAACCAGGAGAUCCAUGACCUUGUGGCUGCCUACAAGGAUGCUUAUGAGAGGGACCUGGAGGCUGACAUUGUUGGAGACACAUCAGGUCACUUCAAGAAGAUGCUUGUUGUUCUGCUUCAGGGCACCAGGGAGGAGGAUGACGUGGUGAGCGAGGACCUUGUGGAGCAGGAUGCCAGGGAUCUUCUGGAAGCCGGCGAGCUGAAAUGGGGCACUGACGAGGCCCAGUUCAUUUACAUCCUGGGCCGGCGAAGCAAGCAGCACCUCCGCUUGGUUUUUGACGAGUACCUGAAGAUUUCAGGGAAGCCAAUUGAGAGGAGCAUCCGGGGAGAGCUGUCCGGCGACUUUGAAAAGCUGAUGCUGGCAGUGGUGAAGUGCAUCAGAAGCACAGCAGAGUAUUUUGCUGAAAGGCUCCACAAGGCCAUGAAGGGGCUGGGUACAAGGGACAACACGCUGAUCCGCAUCAUGGUCUCUCGCAGCGAGAUUGACAUGCUGGACAUCCGAGAGGUGUUCAGGACCAAAUAUGAGAAGUCUCUCUACAACAUGAUAAAGGAAGAUACAUCUGGUGACUACAAAACGGCCCUGCUGAAACUGUGUGGAGGCGACGAUGAUGCCGCAGGUGAGUUCUUCCCUGAAGCGGCGCAGGUGGCCUACCGGAUGUGGGAGUAUAGUGCAGUGGCUAAAGUAGAGCUGCGAGGAACCGUGCUCCCUGCAGGAAGCUUCAAUGAUGAUGGUGAUGCGCAGGUGCUCAGGAAGGCGAUGAAGGGGCUGGGCACAGACGAAGGGGCCAUCAUUGAAGUCGUCACCCAGAGGAGCAAUGCCCAGAGGCAGCAGAUCAUAAAGGCGUACAAGGCUCACUACGGCAGGGACCUGAUGGCAGAUCUGAAAUCAGAGCUGUCGGGCAGCUUGGCAAAGCUGAUCCUUGGGCUCAUGCUGACCCCAGCGCAGUACGAUGCCAAGCAGCUGAGGAAGGCUGUGGAGGGGGCCGGCACAGAUGAGAGCGUCCUCAUAGAAAUCAUGACCACAAGAAACAACCAGGAGAUCAAGGCUAUCAACGAGGCAUAUCAGCAAGCCUACCAUAAGCGCCUGGAAGAUGACCUGAGCUCCGACACAUCAGGAUAUUUCAAGAGGAUUCUCGUCUCCCUGGCUCUGGGCAACCGUGAUGAAGGACCAGCGAACCUCACACAAGCUCAGGAAGAUGCUAAGGUUGUUGCUGAGACCCUGAAACUCGCUGAUGUCUCCAGCAAUGACUCUAGUGACUCCCUGGAGACACGCUUCCUCAGCAUCCUGUGCACCCGCAGCUACCCCCACCUCCGGAGAGUGUUUCAGGAGUUCAUUAAAAUGACCAACCACGACGUGGAGCAUGCUAUCAAGAAGCGGAUGUCAGGAGAUGUCCGGGAUGCAUUCGUGGCCAUCGUGCGGAGUGUGAAGAACAAGCCAGCCUUCUUCGCUGACAAGCUCUACAAGUCCAUGAAGGGUGCCGGCACAGAUGAGAGGACCCUCACCCGCAUCAUGAUCUCCCGGAGCGAGAUUGAUUUGCUCAACAUCCGGGGCGAGUUCAUAGACCUGUUUGACAAAUCACUGCACCGCAUGAUUGAGAAGGAUACCUCCGGUGACUACUGCAAGGCUCUGCUGGCCCUGUGCGGGGGGGAGGACUAGGCCACGGUGGGCCGCUGUGGGAGCCCUUCCUUCGCAUCUGAGCCAGCAUUUGCGCACACACCGCCUUGAUGUCACUGCAGCUUUGGGGGCUUCAGGGAACACUUGGUUCCCCUUGGAAGACAGCUCACUUUGUGCUAGAAAAUGUCACUAUGCUGCAAGCAGGGGAGUCUUGGGGAGGGGUGCAGAGGGGCCUGUGUAAGGGAAUUAUGUCUGUCUCUGUGCAAAAUGAUUCAUACUCAAAUGUGCCACUAACCCAGUAACUUACUCAGAUAGAGAAGACGAUUUUAAAUCUCAGAAAUAAAACCUUGAUGUUGCUGA